AUGGCUGCCAAACAGCAAGGCAAAAGGAAAGUCAGAGAUGCAAGGAGAAAGAAAAUCCAGAAGAAGCGCCAACUAGCGAAGCGGAAGCAGAAGAAACUGCAGCCUAGGAAACAGAAGAAGCACCAGACUCGUCCUAAGCGUCGGGUCAAGCAGUCCUCUGCCCCCAAGUCAGUGGACAAUGGUCCAGAGAGGAUCUGCUCCCCAAGGCUCUUUGCCGCCAAGGUCCUUCGGCAGAUGCCCAAGGUGCGGAUGGAGGCCAAGGCCAGGAGCCUGAUGAAGACCUUGCUGACUGAUGUCUAUGACCACGUGGCCACAGAGGUGGAGAAUUUGAGCCAGAAGAACGAGCUGUCCAACAUCAGCGGCACAGAUGUGCAAGCUGCCUUGAAGGAAGCCAUGACAAAGGAAUUGGCCAAGCACUCGGCCGAGUCCACCAGCACUGAAUGUGCUUAG